CCUCAUUAAGCUACAUGCUCUACUGACAGAGCCACAUCAAUGGCUGACAGAGUAAUCUCAAUUCUCUUACUCAUUUCAUUCUUAAUCUCAUCUUCACACUCUCAGCAACUCACCACCAGUUACUACCAGAAAACAUGCCCCAAAUUCGAUCAGAUAAUGCAGGACACCACCACCAACAAGCAGAUCAAUUCCCCAACCACCGCCGCCGCCGCGCUCCGUCUCUUCUUCCACGACUGCCUCGUCGAAGGCUGCGACGCAUCCGUCCUUAUCUCCUCCAGACCCUUCAGCAAAGCCGAACGUGACGCCGACAUCAACCUCUCCCUCCCUGGAGACGGGUUCGACGUCGUUGUAAGGGCGAAAACCGCUCUCGAACUCGCUUGCCCUGGCGUUGUCUCCUGCGCCGAUAUCCUCGCCGUCGCUACUCGUAAUCUCGUCACGAUGAUGGGCGGACCUUUCUACACCGUGAAAUUAGGUCGCCGUGACGGAUUAGUUUCGAGAGCGUCGCGCGUUGAGGGCAAUCUCCCUCGACCUACGAUGUCGAUGAAUCAACUCAUCAGUAUCUUCAGUUCUAGAGGGUUUUCAAUUCAGGAAAUGGUGGCAUUAACAGGUGCUCACACCAUCGGAUUCAGUCAUUGCAAGGAAUUCAGUUCAGAGAUCUACAAUUACAGCAGAACAUCACAAUACGAUCCGUCGUUCAAUCCAAGAUACGCCGAGGGAUUAAGAUCUGCUUGUGCGGAUUACCACCGGAACCCUUCCUUAUCGGUGUUUAACGACGUGAUGACUCCUAGAAACUUCGAUAAUGCGUACUACCAAAACUUGCCGAAAGGACUUGGAGUUUUGAAAUCGGAUAGGGCGCUUGUAAUGGAUCCGAGAACGAAGCCAUAUGUGGAGUUGUAUGCUAGAGAACAGAAAGUUUUCUUUGAGGCAUUUGGUCGAGCAAUGGAGAAGCUGGGUUUGUACGGUGUGAAGAGUGGCCGGAGAGGAGAAAUCCGGCGCCGGUGCGAUUCAUUCAACUAGGUACUAAUGUUCUUCCAAGGGAGGAGCUCGGGGCGAUCGCAGCGCAUCACACCAUGUUUUCCGCACUAGAUGAUCUUUGGGAUUUAAAACUCUGAUAAUUGUUUUAUUCAGAAUGCUACUAAAUGAUUGAGCAAAAAUUAUUAAGCGGUUUUUAAUUAAUCAAAACGAAAUUUUUGGUCUUAAAUUUUGGGAUG